AUGUCACCCACCGAGGCGGGGGGCAGAGCGGCCCCGGUAUGCCCGCCGCCGCACAGGUCCAGCGGGCACAUGGCCCGCGCGCCCCGCCCCUCCGGGCGGCCACCAGCCUGCAGUAGGCCCCGCGCCGCGGACUCCGCGGCACUGCAGCCCGGCCCCCGCCUGCGCAGCGCGGGCCGCUUCUCCCCUGGGCCCGGGGGCCUGGCGGCGCGAGCCGCGGUACUCACACGCCAGCCAAGGACGCGGCGACCAACGAGCAGGGUUCGGCGGCGCGCGACGGCAGAGGAAAGGGAGGGCCACGCGGUUCGCGCACGGGAAGUGAAGCGGCGGGCUCUACCACAAGCCGGAGAGCGGGGGACGCAGCCCGCGCGCACGCCCUACGGCGCGGCCCGGGCCCUCCCUCUCCCCGCGCCCGGGCCGCGGCCCCGCGUCGCCGUGAAGAUGGCCUUCCGCAAGGCCUACUCUAUCAAAGAUAAGCUGCAAGCCAUCGAGCGCGUCAAGGGCGGCGAGCGGCAGGCCAGCGUGUGCCGCGACUUCGGCGUGCCUGGCGGCACGCUGCGCGGCUGGCUUAAGGACGAACCCAAGCUGCGCUGGUUCCUGGAGCAGCUGGGUGGCGAGGUGGGCACGCAGCGCAAGAAGAUGCGGCUGGCCAACGAGGAGGAGAUCGACCGCGCCGUCUACUCGUGGUUCCUGGCGCUGCGCCAGCACGGCGUGCCGCUGUCGGGGCCACUCAUCCAGGCGCAGGCCGAGGCCUUCGCGCGCCAGAUCUACGGGCCCGAAUGCACCUUCAAGGCCAGCCACGGCUGGUUCUGGCGCUGGCAGAAGCGCCACGGCAUCUCCAGCCAGCGUAUCUACGGCGAGGCCGAUCCUGCGGCCGCCGGCCCCGAGCCUGGCCCGCCCGUCAAGCAGGAGCCCGCGCAGCCCACCCGCGCCGGGCCCCUGCCCGACCUCGCCGCUAGUACCCUGGCCCCCGCCGAGGGCGGCUACGGCGACGAGCAGAUCUACAACGCCAACGUCACGGGCCUCUACUGGAAGCUGCUCCCGGAGCAGGCUGCGCCUGUGGGCGCGGGGGGCUGUGGCCACCGCUGGCGGGGCGACCGGGUGACGGUCCUGCUGGCCGCUAACCUGACCGGCAGCCACAAACUGAAGCCGCUGGUCAUCGGGCAGCUGCCAGACCCACCAAGCCUGCGCCACCACAACCAGGACAAGUUCCCCGCCUCCUACCGCUACAGCCCCGACGCCUGGCUCAGCCGUCCGCUGCUGCGCGGCUGGUUCUUCGAGGAGUUCGUCCCGGGUGUCAGGCGCUACCUGCGCCGCAGCUGCCUGCAGCAGAAGGCCGUGCUGCUGGUGGCCCACCCUCCCUGCCCCAGCUCUGGGGCCAGGAUGCCCGCCCUGGAGGAGAGCGAGGAGACCCGCAGGAAGUACCGGCCCGAGCCCAUCGGUCCCCCGGAGGAGCUGCAGACCCCCGACGGGGCCGUGCGGGUGCUGUUCCUGUGCAGGGGCAGCGGCCGGGUGCACAUACCCGCCCCCCUAGAACAGGGGGUGGUGGUCGCGUUUAAGCAGCUGUACAAGCGGGAGCUGCUGCGGCUGGCCGUGUCCUGCGCCGGGGGAUCCCCGCUGGACUUCAUGCGCAGCUUCAUGCUCAAGGACAUGCUCUACCUGGCCGGCCUCUCCUGGGACCUGGUGCAGGCGGGUAGCAUUGAGCGCUGCUGGCUGCUGGGCUUGCGGGCUGCCUUCGAGCCCCGGCCGGUGGAGGAGCGCGCUGGGCAGCCUGCUGGCCAGGCCGAGGAGGCCGCGGAGCGCAGCAGGGUGCUCAGCGACCUCACGCACCUGGCAGCCCUGGCUUACAAACGCCUGGCUCCUGAGGAGGUGGCCGAGUGGCUGCACCUGGACGAUGAUGGGGGGCUGCCCGACAGUGGCAGAGAGGACUGGGGCCCCAGCCGGCCUCCCGUGCUGGUCCCCAGGGGCCCCCUGCUCCCCGCCAGCCUACCCUCAGCGGUGGCAGGAGGAGCAGAGGAGGAGGCCGUCCCCACCGCUGGGGAGGCCGUUCGGGGUCUGGAGACAGCGUUGCGGUGGCUGGAGACCCAGGACCCCCGGGAGGUGGGGCCGCAGAAGCUGGUGCAGCUGCGCUUACUCAUCAGCACGGCCCGGAGGCUGGGGGGCAUCGGGCCCUCAUCCACAGUUCCCGACGACGGGCUGUGACCAAGCCCGCCCCGGCAGCCCCCAGUGGCCUUUCUCCUGAGGCACGUGGAGGGGGGACAGACAGAGAUCCCGUCUUGCCUUGCCUUCCCUGGAGCGGCCCACCCCCAAGGCUCAGGGGUUGACAGGGAUCCCGGCCUGGCCCGAGAGAGCCCCGUUGGUGAAGGGCCGGCCCCUCCACUGGCACCCCAUCUGGUGCUGGGUUAGCUGGAAGAGAGGCCAUGGCCGCCCCUCCUCCCCGGGCAGGCCCACACGUGGCUCGGCCAGGCGCCCUCCCAUGCGGACCUGGCAUACGCCACAGCGCUUAGCAGAGAGCAGGUAGCCGUGUUCUCUCUGGCCCCUGUGGGGCUGCCCCAGCCACGUUCCUGUCCCCCCAGCCCCUGUGGCCCAGCACUUGCCCUGGACAAGGGCCCGGCGUCCUGUCCCCAUGGAUCACAGCUCUGUGGUCGUCCCAGCGGGAAGCACACCACUGGUCUCUGGUUUGGCGCAUUAACUCUGUUUUUUCCAGGGUUGAGGAGCACUAGACCUGGGCCCCUGCCCCGCACCCCAGCAGCCUCAGGGCCCGGAGCCAUGCUGUCUUCUCGGAGCACCCCUGUGGCACCGCCAGCCAUGCCAGGACAACCCUCAGUGCCUUAGCUCCCCUCCAAGGCUGCCCGGCUCCCGGCACUGCCAGGGGCGUAGCUGAGGAGCCGUUUCCCACAGGCCAUGAAUUAGGCUUCUGGGUGGCACGGCUUGAAAGGAGGCGGCGAGGGCUCCGUGUGACCCUCCAGCUCCCACACUGUUUUGCUGCUCCACUCAGCUCUAGAUUCAGGACCCUGCUGGGGGCCUGAGGCUGAGACACCCAGGUCUCCCAGGGGCUGCCCGGCAGAGACGCCCAGAGCCCUGAGGAGGGCUGGAUUUGAGGUGCUGCUGCCUGCCUCGGUGCUCUGCCCUCCUCUUCACCUGCCCCCGCCUCCUGGUGCUCCUGGGCUGUGGAGGCCACACCCAGGUGAUGUGUUUCUGGGAGGGAAGGGCCAUGCAUGGUGGCAGGGCCACGGGGGUGCCCCCGGAGCAAAGAUGUCAGCUCUUCCUUGGAACCACCUCUAGUCAAAACACCCACACAUGUACGUGUAUAUGUCCGAUCUGAAAGCUGAUGGAUGGUGCAGAGGAUUCCAGGAGAGAAGGGAGGCAUGGCCACCAGCCCCGGCUAAAGCCUCCACCUCACCUGCUGCCCUCACUCCACUAGCAGCUGCGGCAGGCCUGCACCCGGCCCGCGCCUCUGGCCUCAGGAUGUCUUGCAUGUCAUACCGUCAGGGGCCCGGGCGAGAGCGCCUGUUCACCAUAGCCUGCCUGCGGGGCCUCUGUCCUGCAGGGCCCUGCGAGGGAGUGGACUCGGAGCCCGGGUGGGCGCCGGGCCAGAGUAGUCUCUGGUGGUAUCCUCGGUGCCACUCCUCUCGCCAGGUUCCCGGUCUCACCUUUGGUCCUCUGUCCCCAGGGUCUGGGCAAGGGGGCUGCGGUUGAUGUUGGGAACUGGGUGUUGGGACAGAGCCUCCUGCCUCACCCCCUCUGGGGCACUGAGGCUGCACCCCAGAAGGCAGCUCUGGCCAGUGCCAGAUGGCAGUGCAAGAAUGAGGCACAGCGCAGGCUGGUCUGGGCCUUGAAGAGCCAGGGCCUGGUCAAGGGUGGGGCUGAGGACACCUCACGCGAGGGCCCCUGAAGUCCUCCUCCCUAGAGUGCAGGCCCAGCUCCUGGAGCUCAGCUCUGUGAACCGUGGGGAGAACAGCUGAAGUGCCUUGCUGUGGUUACUGCUGGGCCCGAGGCAUCUCAGCCGCCAGGCUCUCCGCUCCUGUUCACCUUAAGGCAGCGAGGGUCACGAAUUUCAAGCCAGCAGCCCCCAGGCAGGACCUCAGGGCUGACCUGGCAGAAUCAGCAGCGGGCAGAAAGUGCCACCCAUGACUUCUGCUGAUACCAGCCCACCAGGGGGGUCGGGAGAGUGAACCCACCGUGUCAGGCCAGCCUUGCCCGAGGGACCACACACUGGGGAACAAGCCCCCAGGUGACAGCGGACCACGGAUGGAGCCCUGGAGCCUGCGGUGAGGAAGGGGCCUUGCCAGUGCGGGGGUUGGCCCUGAGCCUGUGGGCCCGAGAGCAUGUCAGGAUCUCGGGGGCAGGGGGGGCUGGAGGGGGCUCUGAGGUGCUUACUCUGUCAAGGGGCCCUUUCACAGGCAGCCUCACUUUAUAAUAAAGGCUGAACAUGCCCACUUCACACAA